GCUAUCAUUCGAACUCUCCUCCUCACGUGCACUUAGAAACUCAAUUCAGUUCUUCUUGCAAGCACUCCAACGUUCAUCAAUUGAGAAGAUGUAAAUUUUGGACGAAUCAAGCGUGAUAUGGAUUUACUCUUAAACACCAUCAAUGUAACACAAUUUGAUCGUACAAUUAAGGAUUUAUGCUUGGACAAAGGAGGAAAAAACGUCACGGUCAACCUGUCGAACAUUGUAAACUCGGUAAAGUCCUGCUUAAUAGCACGAAGUAAUCAGUUGUUCGUUACCCCUAAAGAUGAAUAUAUCGAAUCGCUUAAAAACUGCACACAAAUCUACCAAGAAGAAAUAGAAAAAUGUUCACUCAGAGAUGAUAUCAAGUUCCUUCCAAAGUUUAUCUUUUCUUUGGCAGAAUCCUUAGCGGAAUUUGCCUAUAAUCACCUGAAUUUGCGUAAAAUUAAGCCGGACAGUGAAAUCAUUAAUUGCCUGCAAAGACUAAAAUCAACCAGAGGAAUCAAGAAGUUUGUUACCGAAUGUGGGCCUAAAACUGAGUUAAUUCAAUUUAGCGGUUCAGAGUACAGAUUCCCAAAUAAAACGCUAAUUUGCACACAAUUGACUGAUACAAGUGCUUGCAUAAGUAACUUUAUAAGGACAACGUGUGCUCGCGAUAUUUCCACGGACUCAAUAUUGCAAAACUUAAAUACCGCUAUUCAAAAACCCUGUUCAUAGUAUAAUGAUUGAUUGACAAACCAUUGAGUCUCUACUUAAGUUAAAGGAAAUGCGAAUGAGAUCGGAAAACAUCUGUAAGUGGACAUAUGAGUUAAUAAUAAGCAAUUGAUAAAACUUUUUAAUACAUAUUAAAACAAUUUAAUAAACAUCGUUAUUCACUAAAAAAAA